AUGACCAUCAUAAAUUCCACAACGGACACAAACAACAUUACCGUCACAAUCAUCACCAUCACCAUCACUAUCAUGACCAUCAUAAACUCCACAACAGACACAAACAACAUUACCGUCACAACCAUCACCAUCACCAUCACCAUCAUAAACUCCACAACAGACACAAACACCACCACCGUCACAAUCAUCACCAUCACCGCCACCAUCACUAUCAUGACCAUCACAAACUCCACAACAGACACAAACAACACUACCGUCACAAUCAUCACCAUCACCAUCACCAUCACCAUCACUAUCAUAAACUCCACAACAGACACAAACAACAUUACCGUCACAACCAUCACCAUCACCAUCAUAAACUCCAAAACAGACACAAACAACAAGAACAACACCACCGUCACAAUCAUCACCAUCACCGUCACUAUUAUCACCAUCAUAAACUCCACAACAGACACAAACAACACUACCGUCACAAUCAUCACCAUCACCAUGACUAUCAUGACUAUUAUAAACUCCACAACAGACACAAACAACACUACCGUCACAAUCAUCACCAUCACCGUCACCAUCACUAGCAUGACCAUCAUAAACUCCACAACAGACACAAACAACACUACCGUCACAAUCAUCACCAACACCAUCACUAUCAUAAACUCCACAACGGACACAAACACCACCACCGUCACAAUCAUCACCAUCACCGUCACCAUCACUAGCAUGACCAUCAUAAACUCCACAACAGACACAAACAACACUACCGUCACAAUCAUCACCAUCACCGUCACUAUCAUGACCAUCAUAAACUCCACAACAGACACAAACAACACUACCGUCACAAUCAUCACCAUCACCAUCACUAUCAUGACCAUCACAAACUCCACAACAGACACAAACAACACUACCGUCACGAUUUUCACCAUCACCACCACUAGCAUAACAACCACAAACACUACAACAGACACAAACAGCACUACCGUUACAAUCAUCACCAUCAUCAUCACCACAAGCAUAACACCACACUUACACCACUACCAUCGUCAGGUACACCACCAUUGCAUCACGUCACUGACACCACAUCGCUAUCACAUCAUCAACAUCAUCACAUAA